GGGAGGGUGGGUUUUGGGAUACCGCGACGAGGCUGUCAUGCACAUUAUGCAGUAGCAUGGGAGCUGGCCAGUCUCUUGUAGAUAGUGGUGAUCAGUGCAGAGAGGGUACGGAGUAUAUGGCUUCAGCUAUGCGAUGUGUGUGUAUGUGUGUGUACACACACAGACACAGUAAUUAUUAUCUGCCUCUCUCACUGUAGAUCGGGAUAUCGUGGGCGAUGUAUCACAUCUCAGCAAGGGAUCACCAACCUUAUGCGAUAGAUGACGGUUCACCAAUCAUCUGAGUCACCAUCACCAACGAUAUGAAUCAUUCCAGUUUCAUCUUCAUACUCCAUAGUUAGUUUACCUGUCUUGUUGCCUGCUAGAUAUGUAACUCGUUAUCUCCAUCUCGUUGCCUAGGGAUAAAAGUGUUAUCAAUUGUUCCAGGUAUGUUCUUUACAGAGAAACAAUGCAGACAAGACAAUGGGUCAAUCAGUCACAGCCACCCUUUCCCAACUCCACCUCACUCCACCAUGCAUUCAUCAUUGUACGUAUGCAAUUGCCAUAGUUCCUGCAGUCCAGGGAAUGCAAUGCAGAUGGACGGGAGAGGAUGGGAGGCAGACGGGGGGUGGGUAGAGGGAAGGGAAGUCGUACAACUCACAUGCUGCAAUGUAUGUAUGUACUUUAUCUCCACUCUUCCGUGGCGGGCAGCAUCUGCAGCUGGAUACAGGACAGACAGGUUGGAAUUGAAGUUGUGUAUCGUCAUCGGCAUCGGCAUCCCACCUCUUCAGCUUUUGUCGGUGCACAGAUCGUCUGGAUUUCAUGCACGGUACUUGGUGAUGGGUCUGUCCCACUAUUCAGCUCUCGUAUUCACAGACACUGAUGUAUCGAUCUAUUUGACAUACCGUUUAUGUGAAGAAUAAAUGGCAUGAGAAGCAAGCGUCAGCCGGAGUAUAUCACUCCUGAAUUUUGAAUUGCUAUACAUAGUAGUCU